CUCCCCUUCUGAUCCACAAUCCCGCGCGGCACGGCACGGCGAAACCCUAGCCCCGAGAUCCGCCCGCCGGCCGGCCGGCGACGAUGGAGGAGGUGAAGCUGUGGAACGACAAGCGGGAGCGGGAGCUGCUGGAGAGCCUGGCGGACCUGUACGCGAUCAUCCGGGCCACGGAGAAGCUGGAGCGCGCGUACGUGCGCGACCUCGUCUCCGCCGCCGACUACGAGGCCGACUGCCUCAAGCUCAUCUCGCAGUUCAACUCCCUCUCCUCCUCGCUCGCCGGGGUCGUCACCAUCCCGCGCUUCGUGCAGGCCUACCGCCUCGACUGCCCCGCCGCGCUCAACCGCCUCGUGCAGUCCGGCGUGCCCGCCACCGUCGAGCUCCGCGCCGCCACCGCCUCCUCCUCCGCGCCGGCCUCCACCGCGGCCUCCGCAUCCGCCAUCGCGCAGUGCGUCCAGAGCUUCAUCACCGCCAUGGACGCCGUCAAGCUCAACAUGCUCGCCAACGACCAGGUCCGCCCCCUCCUCCACGACCUCUCCACCUCCAUGGGGAAGCUCGGCACUGUCCUGCCGCCCGACUUCGAAGGGAAGGUCAAGGUGAACGAGUGGCUAGCGAAGCUGCACAAGAUGGGGGCCGGGGAUGAGCUCACGGAGCAGCAGGCCAGGCAGCUCAACUUCGACCUGGAUUCGGCGUACAGCGCCUUCAUGGCCUCUCUGCCCACUGCUGGCUUGUGAGCGAGGUGCGGCUUGGUUCUGAUCUGGUCCUUUGUUUCUACUACUUUGUUGUGUUGUCCUUUUAUCACUGCUGUGGGUGCUAUAGAUGUGUAAUUUGGAUUGGGUUCUAUUCCUUGUCAAUAACAGAACCAGUUUUAUGAAGAAAAAAAUCCCGAAUGGAUUCUGUUGCAUAAUUGGUAUAUAUGGUGCAAUGUUCCUCUAUGUUGUCCGGUAACUCUAGAGGCUUAUGUUCUGUUCAUUGGAUAUUUUUUUUUUGUCAUUACAAAGCCAGUUUGAUGAAAAAUUACUGAAUGCAUUCUGUUGCAUAAUUGGUAUAUGUGGUGUAAUGUUCCUAUUUGAUGUUCAUGGGAAGCUUGGUACUGUCCUUCAGCUGGACUUUGAGGGGAAGCCAACCUUUGGUAUUUCAUUUGCAUGCUAGGAAGAGACUAACUUAUAACUUUCGUAGCAAAUGAUCACUUGGAUAUGCUUUCACAAUUCAAAUAGCUGCUACAAUCUUACUCCCUCUGUCCCAUAGUAUAAGCCUCAAACUUUUAGUUCUUGUCUCUUAAGAUAAAAAUUUAUGAAACCUCGCCUUGGUAUUGAGUUGUCCUUGGGGAUGAGCUCACCGAUCAGCAGGCCAGGUAGCUCAACUUGGACCUGGAUUCACCAUACGGUGCUUUUUUUACACAAGUACAGUAGGGAAAGGCUCCCUACUGUGUCAUUUUUCAUUUAUAAAGAAAUAAAGUCUAUGUACAAACCAGUAAUCUGGUCUGUGAGCAAGGAUUCGUCGUAUGGUUCGUUCAUGGCCUCCCUCCCACAGCUGGUCUGUGAGCAAGGAUUCGCUUGGUUCUGAUUUGAUCCUUUGUUUCUACUUUGUUAUGGUGUUGUUUUUCGAUCACUGCCGCGGGUGCUAUAAAUGUAUACUCUGGAUUGGUUUCUAUUCUUUGUCAAUAAUAACUGAGCCAAUUUUACGAAA